UAUACAAACUUUGUCGCAUGUAUAUAUUUAUUUUGACUAAUAUUACGAAAAAACUUUUCAAGUUAAAGAAAUUCUCUAUGUAGAAAUAUAUCAUUAUACGAAUAUAUGUUAUAUUUCUUAUGUACGAUAAAAUCCAAUCGGAUUAUAAUUGCAGAUUACAGUAAGAGAAAAAAAAAAAAAAAGUUUUAAUCCCGUAAAAUGAAUUAUUUAUCUCUUUAAAUAUUGUGCAGUGAGGGGUGAUAUUUGAUUAUCCAUGAAAUUCGUAUAUUACUAUACAUGUGACGGUGCGCAUAAAAACAGUAAUGUAAAAAAGCUAUAUGUUUAUUAAAUAUUUCCAACAUGUGAUAUAUAACAUUUUAAGUUAGACAUGUGACGAUAUAUCAUUACACAUUUAUACGACAUAUAAAAUUAAUAAGAACUUCACAGAUGUUGAGUGAAGAUCAGUGCUGAUUAAAUCCAAGGAUACAUUAUACUUUUAUUAAAUAAUAAUAUUAAACUUUUAUGCCAAAUUACGUAUUUUUAAAAAGCUCUGUAAAUAUAAUUUGUUAAACAUAUACACGGAAAAAGAGGAUAUAUAUAUAUAUAAUAUACACGCACACACACAUAAUAUGUUACCACACUCGUAUAAUUUCGGAGAAACGCCGUUUAAAAAUAAAACUGACAUACAUGACGAAUUGAUAGCAGAUUUAGGAAAAGUUAUCACUAACGAUGGAUAUUUACAAAAGUGUGAAAUUCAGGAAAAGGUCAAUGCUCUCUGCAAAUGGAUGCGUACAACACCUAGAAAAAGUAUUUAUAGAUUAAAUCAUUUUUCCAAUCAUUAUACAGACAAUCUGCAGAAACUAUAUGAAGCCUUGAAACAGGCUGAUAAACCAGAUCCAUUUAUUCAUUUUUUACCGGAUCUUCCAAAUGGAAUAGUAGCUGUUGAAAAUUGGGAUUUAUCGGUAUCUCUUGAUUUAAAGAGAUAUCCAAGGGAAAUUAUUGUCGAUGCUAUAUGUGGUGCAGCUGUACUAAGAGGAUCUCAUGUUUAUGCUCCAGGCAUUGUUGGUAUGCCAAAUGGUUUAAUCAUCAAUUGUAAAGUCAGUGUAUUUGCUGACGUUACCGGUCAUUGUAAAAAAGGUUUAAUUAAGCCAUAUCCAGAUAGCAAGAAGAUCUACUUGGGUAAUGGCAUUCUUCGACAAACUAGGAAAGAGUUAUUUAGUAAAGCUGCAAAAAAUCCAUGUGGUAUCGCAAUAAUUAUGACUGAUGUAACCUCACGAGUUCCACAAUUGAAUAUAGAUAAUGAAUCUCUGAGACCACAUGUACUGUUACAAAAUUUACCAUCUAUUCUAUGUAGCUUAGUUUUAAAUCCGCAACCAGGUGAGAUAAUUUUGGACAUGUGCGCGGCACCUGGUAACAAAACUACGCAUAUUUCGUUUCUUAUGAAAGGACAGGGUAAGAUAAUAGCAUUAGAGAAAAAUGCAGGUAAAGUGAAACGGUUUAAGGAAAAGUAUAAUGAUGAAAACAUUAAAAUAUUUUGUUACGAUGCUACUAAGGCUGUCGUCGAACAAGACAAUAGUUUCGUCGAUACCGAUGGACCUCCAUUCAUACAGGAUCACUUUGAUCGUAUUCUCUUAGACACUCCAUGCAGCGCAUUAGGUCAAAGACCACAAUUAUAUAAUACAAUUACAUUGGCGCAGCUUCGUUCUUACAUUCCCUUGCAACGAAGUCUCUUUUCUGUCGCCGUUCGUCUUUUGAAAGAGAAUGGAACAUUAGUGUAUAGUACAUGCACUGUUACAAUAGCAGAGAAUGAAGGAAUCAUUGCUUGGGCAUUGAAAAAAUUUCCAGAGUUAAAAUUAGACUCUGUUAUAGAUCGGUUAAAAACAGAUAGAUAUGGUAGUCAAGGAUACACCAUAGACGGUCUAACAAAUGAGAAUGCGAGAAAAGUAUGUAGAUUUGGUACUGAAAGUACUGAUUCUGUUGGAUUUUUUAUUGCAUGCUUCAAUAAAUGUUCCAGAAAAUGAUUAAGCAUUGCAACUUUACACUAUGUUGUGUGUGUGUGUGUGUGUGUAUAUUUAAAAUUAAUUUAUUAGAAAAUAGACUCUUGAUUGAAAGACAGACCUAAUAUGUUCAUAUAACAUAUGCUUCAAUCUGGAAAUGAAAUUGUUAUCUUUAUCGUUAUAUAGUUCUAUAGUUCCUAUAGAUCUCUUUAUGAUAACAAUUUAUUUAAAGAAGGAAAGAGUAUGUGUGUGUGUGUGUGUGUGUGUGUGUGUGUGUGCGUGCGUGUGUGUAUAUAUAUAUAUAUAUAUAUAUAUAUAUAUAUAUAUAUAUAUAUAUAUAUAUAUACAUACAUAUAUCUUUUGUGUGUCUGUGUGUAUUUAUAUAUGCGCAAAUAAAAGACAUGUAUAUGUA